AUGAAGUUACAACUCCCCAAUCCAGGCCUGGAGGGUAGGAUAUUGUCCCACCAGGAGCUGGACAAGCUGGAAGAAGAAGAGGCUGGAGACAGACCGAAAUGGGACAACAAGACCCAGUACAUGCUGACCUGUGUUGGGUUUUGUGUGGGCCUUGGAAAUGUUUGGCGCUUCCCCUACCUGUGUCAGAGUCAUGGAGGAGGUGCAUUUAUGAUACCAUUUCUGAUCCUGCUGGUUCUUGAGGGAAUCCCACUUCUACAUCUUGAGUUCGCAAUUGGUCAACGUUUAAGAAGAGGCGGUUUGGGAGUGUGGGCUCAAAUUCAUCCCUAUUUGACUGGCAUUGGUAUUGCUUCCAUGUGUGUAUCUCUGACGAUCAGUCUCUACUACAACACCAUCAUUGCCUGGAUUCUGUGGUACCUCUUCAACUCGUUUCAAGAGCCUUUGCCUUGGAGUCAAUGUCCCAUGAAUGCCAAUUUAACAGGCUUUGUCUCCGAGUGUGAGAGGAGCUCCCCUGUGGAUUAUUUCUGGUACAGGGAGACCCUGAACACAACUCCAACGAUUGAAGAGGAUGGCGGUCUGCAGUGGUGGAUGGUGUUGUGUCACAUUUGUGCGUGGUCGUUGCUCUACAUCUGCAUCAUUCGUGGUAUUGAGACGACUGGGAAGGCUGUGUAUGUGACUUCGACCCUUCCCUACGUGGUACUGACAAUAUUUCUGAUCAGAGGUUUGACCCUGAAGGGCUCUUUGGAUGGAGUUAAGUUCCUCUUCACACCAGAUUUAACAGAGCUGGCGAAGCCGUCAACGUGGCUCGAUGCAGGUGCUCAAGUGUUCUAUUCCUUCUCUCUGGCUUUCGGUGGUCUUAUUUCCUUCUCCAGCUACAACUCAGUACACAACAACUGUGAACAGGAUGCAGUGAUCAUCUCCAUCAUCAAUGGUGUCACCUCCGUCUAUGCUGCAACGGUCAUUUACACUAUAAUCGGCUUCAGAGCAACCGAGAGAUUUGACAACUGCCUUUCUGGAAACAUCCUAACAUUGCUAAAUGUCUUUGAGCUUCCUGAGGGGGACAUCACUGACAGCAACUACAAUCAGGUUGUCCAGCGUCUUAAUGAAACAUACCCAGAGGUUUUUCAACAGCUGGAUCUUACGACCUGCAACUUAAACACUUUUCUUAGCGAGGGAGUCGAAGGAACUGGUUUAGCCUUCAUUGUGUUCACUGAGGCCAUCACCAAGAUGCCCGUCUCACCGGUGUGGGCCGUCCUUUUCUUCAUAAUGCUCUUCUGUCUCGGCCUGUCUUCUAUGUUUGGUAACAUUGAGGGAAUUCUAGUGCCACUGCAAGACCUCAAAGUUUUCCCUAAAACAUGGCCGAAAGAAGCCGUCACUGGUGUAACAUGCAUUGUCUGCUGUCUAGUGGGUCUGAUAUUUCUCCAAGGCUCAGGGAACUAUUGGCUUUCCCUCUUUGACACCUAUGGAGGAUCCAUCCCUCUGCUAGUUGUUGCAUUCUGCGAGAUGGUCUCGGUUGUGUACAUAUAUGGAAUAGACAGGUUCAAUGAUGAUAUCAAGUUCAUGAUUGGACACAAACCCAACUUCUUCUGGCAGGCAACAUGGAGAGUCAUCAGCCCACUCAUUAUGUUUUUCAUCUUGAUCUUUUACUUUGUCACUAAAUUAUCUGAACAGCUCCUUUACAAAGUCUGGGAUCCUGAAUCGGAUAAAUUCCCAACACUGGACGAAAAGCAAUAUCCAGUGUGGAUCAAUGUGAUCAUCUUCAUAUUGGCAGGGAUACCCAGUCUUGCUGUGCCUUUAGUUUGUGUCUGGAAAUGUUUAAAGAAAAAAAAGAGGGAUAGGUCACAUCGCUCUAGUAACUUUGACUAA